GGAGGCCCCGGCGGCCCGGGCGCGGAGGGGGAGAGACGGUCCCAAGAUGGCGGCGCUGCAGGCGGAGCGCGGGUACGGGCUGUCCUGCGGCCGCCUGGGCCGCGGCACCCGCGUCUCCGUUUUUCACGUCAAGCUGACGGAAAGCGCCCUGCGAGCCUUCGAGAGCUACCAGGCCUCUAAGGAUUCUGUGACAUCAAAACCAGUAAUCCAGUUUCAAGGGAGCCAAGGGCACAUCGCAAUUCCGAGGCCCGACCGCCCCGCGGAAGUGCGGACUUUCACGUUUUAUCUUUCCAAUAUCGGCAAGGACAGCCCGCAGGGCAGUUUUGACUGCAUCCAGCAGUAUGUAUCUAGCAACGGCAAUAUCCAAUUGGAUUGCCUGGGAAGCAUACAGGAUAAGAUCACCGUGUGUGCUACUGACGAUUCCUACCAGAAGGCAAGGCAAAGCAUGGCACAGGCAGAGGAGGAGACUCGCAGCCGGAGCGCUAUAGUCAUUAAACCUGGGGGGAGAUACGUAGGCAAAAAGGUUCAGGUGCGUAAACCUGCACCAGGAGCUUCCGAUGCUGUUCCCUCCAGGAAGCGCCCAACGCCAGUCAACCUUGCCAGUGCAAUAAAGAGAGGCAAUAGUGCGAUUUCUCAGAGACCCUUCAAAGAUAGGGUUGUGCACUUACUGGCACUAAAGCCUUAUAAGAAACCUGAACUUAUUCUCAGAUUGCAGAAGGAUGGACUUUCUCAGCAGGACAAGGAUUUGCUGGACAACCUUCUGCAACAGGUGGCAAAUUUGAGUGCCAAGGACAGCACUUUCACACUGAAAGAUUGCGUCUACAAAGAAGUGCAGAAGGACUGGCCAGGCUACUCUGAAGGAGACCAGCAGCUGCUGAAGAGGAUACUCGUUCGGAAACUCUGUCAGCCCCAGAACAGCGGUGGCUUUCAAGGAGAAGCGCCUUCCCUGAGCCCACCCAAGGACAAUGUGAACUCCAGCUCUCCUCCUCAGAAACGAUCCCAGCCCACGGAGUUUAUCGAUCCCGUGGCCAACAAGAAGCCCAGGAUCUCGCACCUGGCUCACAGGGCUCAGCCCACCUUCAACGGGAAGCUCAACUCCGCCAACGGCAAGGACGCCCCCGCCGCCGCGCUGCCGCCGGCACUCCCGGAAUCGGUGAGCUCCAGCUCCAGCCUGCCCGUGCUGGAGCUGCCCAGGCCUCACGAUCCCCUCGCGGACGUCAGCAACGACCUGACUCACAACGGCAGAGACUGUGAGAGCUCGGAGCAGGCCGACAGACUGAGCCACCCCUUGCCCACAGACUGUCCCCAAACGAGCAAGCACAAUUGCGGCUCGCCGUACGUCAAAAGCAAGAAAAAAUCCAAAAAGCACAAAGACAAGGAGAAGGAGAGGAAGGAGAAGAAGGGCGAGGAGAAGUGCAAAGAGGAGAAGCAGGACUGUGAAGUAAUAAAAAACGCUGACUUAGGUAGUGUGCCACAGGAUGUCACAGGUUUAAAUGGAACAUGCAAUAAUUCUAGUGUACCAACAUCAACUUCGGAAAUGCCAGAUUAUUUAUUAAAAUACGCAGCCAUUUCCUCUUCGGAGCAGCGUCAGAGUUACAAAAACGACUUCAACGCGGAGUACAACGAGUACAGAGACCUGCACGCUCGGAUAGAGAGGAUAACCCGGCGGUUUACGCAGUUAGACUCCAAGCUGAAGCAACUCUUGCAGGGCUCUGAAGAAUACAAGACCAUCCAUGAUCAAAUAUUACAGGAAUACCGGAAAAUUAAAAAGACUAACCCCAAUUACAGCCAAGAGAAGAACCGCUGCGAAUACCUCCACAACAAACUGGCUCACAUUAAAAAACUGAUAGCAGAGUAUGACCAACAGCAGUUCUAGCCGGCGCUGAUCUGGACUGGGUAGGGCAAAAGUCACCUGGACGUUACGUUCCCUUUUAUACAACUAGAUUCCUUUCAGAGACGAGCAUUAAAUUCUUCAUGGUGGAAGAACUUGGGGAUUUCUUACAGUGGCGAGUCUCUCGUGUCCGCGUCUGAGCCAGGUAGCACACCAGCGCCUGGCACGGUCCUCUCGAGUUGUAGCCUCUCUGAAUGUCGGGAUGUAACAAACAAAACUCUGCUUGUUUGAAGCCAGCGAUUGACACUUAAGGGAAAAAAAAAAAGCAAAAAAAAAAAAAAGCAAAAAAAAAAAACACACAAAAAAAAACCUUGCCUAAAGUGACCGAAGCUCCCAAAGGUUAAGAAUCAGUAGUUUUCAUGGAUUAAAAGUUUUGGCAUGAAGUGUAAUUACCCCUGGCCCAGGUCCGCUGGGUUACAAAUUGUCCUUCAAAUGGUGAGGAACUGGAAUGCUGCUAGGUUACCUCCUUCUCUGGCACCUGCGACUGUUCAUAUGCAAGCUGUCUGCUCUCCAUGGCACCGUGUUAAAUACACCAAGUACCCAGAGCUCUCGUUGUUUGUUCCUGCUUUUGUCAUCUCCGGUGUGUGCUCUCUUUGAGGUGGUUGUGUCAGUAGGAGGGGAACAGCCCGGGGAUCUGCACCGGGUGCCUGGCGCCGUGCAGAUGCGGAUCCUGAUCCUUCCUCUCAAGGUCUCGGGGCCAGGCGUGCGGUGGGAUCCAGCGGGCGUAGACCUUGCAGCCCAGUCUGCCUGCGUUACCCCUCACGUACCAGUGCUGGGAAGACUGAGACCCCGUCUGUCUUUGACUUUUAUAAUUUUCUACCGAGGCAGCCAAUUUUCUUAAUUGCUUAAUGAGACUAUGGUCUAUUUUUGUAUAACAAAAAAAAAAGAAAAAAAAAAAAAAGCAUCUUUUUCUAAAACUGUGCCUCCCUUUUCCUUUUAGGCCAAGUGUUUCAGAACCUUUCCUGUCUCACAAUUGCAGUGUUACUGAAGCUCGUUGGAUAGUUACCCAGAGAAGUUAUUUUAUUACCUGUAAUGACCCAUAGGAGAGGAGGGGGCGGGGGGUGGGGAACGUGAUGCUUUCUUCUGUUUUUUUUUGUCUUAUUUCCAAAGAAGCAGCAGCAGAAAACCAUUCUCAGAACAGGCGCCUGAGUGUGAGAGAAGCAAGGUAGCGUUUUCCCAUGCGGGUCACUUCCCCUGUUGUGCUUUAUCUAGCCAGCUUCUCGUCGCAGUCUUUCUUCUUGAUUUUUUUUUUUUUUUCCUUUUUUUGGACUUGAAGGGAACAUUUUUAGAGUAUGGCCAGGGUGUGAGAAACACGCCAAAAAGCACAAAGGUGUCCUUUAACUCUGCUAUUUCUUUCUCUCCCCUCUCCCCUUUUAAUCCUGCCAGCCUGUGCGAUUUGACUUCUUCCCGCUUCCGUUUAUCUCAAAGUAAAGGAUUCCUUUCCCGGGGCGUCUCCUUCCCUUGGAGGUUGCACUGAAGAGUCUUUCACCCUUUGAAGGAGCGGAAUGGCAGAGUUGCGGAGGGAAACAGUUCUUUUACAAGGAGCAGUUUAUUUUUCCACCCCAAAAAAGUGGGUCCAUCUGCUGUAUUUAAAAAAAAUAUAUCCAUUCUAUCCAAAAUACCCAUUCUGGCUAGGUUGUUCUUGCUGUGUCGCCCGGACAGGGCCACCACUUGGCUUUGUCCUUUGCCACAUCCCAAGUUUCCAUCCCUGCCGUGUUGUCUGCAGACGUCCAGAGCUCGCCAGGAUUUUGCCAUCCCGUUCUCCAAAGGGCAGCCUCCACGGACAGCCGCUGGAAAGCCACGUGUUUCUGCUGGCCCGCAAAACCCAAACUGUUCUGAAGCAGCACAGGAAAAGGAGAGGGGGGACGAGAUGUGAACCCCAAGGAUGAUGGGGUCUGUAGGGUGAGAGCCCCGCGUGGAAGUCCAGACGAGGCUCCCGGGGUCAGGGCACGCUUCGGGCUCAUCUUUUCCUCUGUGAGCAAAGAAGUCGGGCAGUUAGGGAGCUCUGUCCUGCUUGUGGCACACCAUGCCUCCAGCACUUCCACCAGGAAGGGAAGGCUGGAAGAUGCACGCGAAGGAAGGCGAGGAGCUUUUCUCCAGGAUUCUUUGUUCUUCCCAGUGGAGCAUCACGCCUGGUGAGCACCCGGGUUUCUGGAGCGGUGGCAGGAGGGAACAUCAGACGGGCACCCACAUCCCGUGGAGCUCGAGCCUCGUGUAGGCUCUGUCCUGGUUCCAACAAGCUCCCUGUAGCAGCAAAUUCAUGCACCGAGGAGGAUCCCAGAGGAGCAGCAGGGGCUGCGUUCCUGCCAGCACCGCUGCCAGGGGGCAUCAGGACGGGCGCUGCGGAGCACGGAGCCUCCCUGCCCGGGGUCUGCGCGAGAUCCAUCGCUUCGGAGCCCCCCAGGUGCCUGAUCCGAGAGCAGCAUCGCUGGCUGGAGCUCACACAGAGCCAGGGGUGAUGAUGCUGAGCUCCCCUGGAGCGUGUGCCAUGGGGCAGCGCCUGCACAUCCCAUCCCAUCCCAUCCCGGUGGGACUGCGUCCACCUGGGAGCGAGAGGCGAUUUGGGCGAGGGGCCAGAAACUCGACCAGCAGGAGGAGAGGCAGCAGCUCCGUAACCAAGUUGAUUCUUCCAUGGAAACACUUCUCGUUCUGACCCUUAAUAUUUUGAAUUGAUUUUUUUUUUUUUUUUUUUUUUUUUUGCUUUUUGGGGAUCGGGGAGGGAGGGGGAGUAGAGAUGGAUCUCAAUCUUUAUACAUCUGCUAUAAGAUAUUUUUGCAAACAGAGUUGUAUACAAAGAUGUAUUGUGUACAUUUACAUGUAUAUUCUGGAACUUCUAAAAAUUUGAAUAUAAAACUGAAAAUAUUUAAUGAAUAUCCAAACUGUGAGACCCAAUUAGCAUUCAACAACUUUCUGCUUCACUUUUCUUUUGGACUGUGUUAAAGAAUUGUAGUCGAAUCUGCCUUUUUUUUUUUUUUUUCUUUUUAGAGAUUAUGAAGCUAGGCAAAUUUUGUGCUUUUUGGGUUAAUAGAAACCAGUUCUAGGUGAUUAAGUAUGAUCUUAACUUAUUGAUACUGUGUUUUACUUUGUAAUAUUGUACUGUGGAUAAAACUAUAUUGAGCCAUGGAGUUGGAGUUUACAAAAGAGCUUUUCACUUUGCCAAAAUGUUACAAUUUAAAGGCAGCAUAGUCUUCAGCUUUCCUAAUCUUUUCUUAAGAGCUAGUGUCCUUUUUUGUACACUAAAAAGCUGAAUGCUGAUUUUGCAACAUAUAAUAAAUUCACUGUAUUGGAAAA